AUGGCCCCCCCGCCGCCCUACGCAAUAGCGACUGGCGCCCAAGAUGCGCUUCCCACAUCAACCCUCGCCGCCGCCCUCGCUGCCGCUGCAACAACAACCAUGAUCCCCCUCACGAACCCAGCAGCAGAGACCAUGGCCGACGUCGUCGCCACCGCUGUCACAUCGGCCGCCGCCGCGACUGCGACCGCUGCCAUGAAGGAGGGAGGCGGCAACGGCGAGUGCAGCCUGCUCGGCUCCUUUGCCCUCAUCGUCCAGGCUGCCCUCGGCGGCCUGGCGCUUCUGUCAUUGGUGUACAAGCGCUGGAGGGAACGACCGCAAAGGCCCGUCAAGAUCUGGUUCUUUGAUGUGUCGAAGCAGGUCUUUGGUUCGGUGUUGGUGCACAUCGCCAACGUCUUCAUGUCCAUGUUAACGUCUGGACGCUUCUCUGUUACGUUGGACCCCGCGACGACGGCCAACGUGCGGAGGUUAGUGACGCGCGAGGAGGACUACACGCCAAACCCUUGCUCGUUUUACCUGCUCAACCUCGCCAUCGACACAACGAUCGGCAUCCCCAUCCUUAUCGUGCUCCUCCGAGUCCUCACCGGCCUUGUGGCCUACACGCCAAUGGGCAAGCCCGCCGAGUCGAUAAAGUCCGGCAACUAUGGCAACCCGCCAAAUGCCUGGUGGUGGCUGAAGCAGUCCGUCAUCUACUUCUGCGGCCUCUUUGGCAUGAAGCUCUGCGUGCUCAUCAUCUUCCUGCUGCUCCCCUGGAUCUCACGUGUCGGCGACUGGGCCCUGCGCUGGACCGAGGGCAACGAGCAGCUGCAAAUCUUCUUCGUCAUGAUGUUCUUCCCCCUCAUCAUGAACGCGCUGCAGUACUACAUCAUCGACUCCUUCAUCAAGCAGCCGCAGACCGAGCACGAGCGCCUGCCGGAUGAAGACCCCGAGUGGAGCUCGCGGCACGCGGCCGUCAGCCCGUAUGACGACGCCGACGAGGCGAGCGACAACGACACCGACUCGGACGACAGCGGCAGUCUGAGGUUAAAGAAGGCGAAGCACGCGGACGAUGCCGAGUAUGACCCCGACAAGGACGGCGAUGCGCCCACGGUGAUUGGCAGCAGCUCGAGCAGGACGAACCACCAAAGGAAGGACAUAUCGGCGGAGCUCUUCCCCAAGGAGUGA